AUGAAGUUCUCCGCCGUUCUCUCUACCUUGAUGGUCGCCGGCCUCGUUGCCGCCGCACCUCCUGCUGAUCGUCCUACCGACCUCCAGAAGGUUCCAGUGCCUCUUCCUACUGCGGACGCUCCCGUCCCGCCAAAGCCGGAGAACGACAACGACAAGCGUGGAGAUGUUCCCCCGCCUAAGAAGCCUACCGAUCUCCCAGCUCCUCCCAAGGAUCCCAAGGAGAACGACAAUGGCAAGCGCGGUGACGUGCCGCCGCCGCCUCCUCCUACCGACAAGCCUCUCCCUCCUAAGGAGAAGGAGAACGAUAACGACAAGCGUGGCGAUAUCCCUCCCCCUCCUCCCACCGAUAAGCCUCUUCCUCCUAAGGAAGAUGACAAGAGCAAGCGUGACGAGGUGCCCCCUCCUCCUAAGCCUACCGAUCUCCCAGCUCCCCCGAAGGACCACGACAACGACAAGCGCGGUGAUGUGCCGCCUCCUCCCCCUACAGAUAAGCCUCUGCCUCCUAAGGAGAAGGAGAACGACAACGGAAAGCGAGGAGAUGUUCCUCCUCCGCCCAGGCCUACCGAAGACAAGCCCGCUCCCCCCAAGGAGAACGACAACGGAAAGCGUGGUGACGUUCCCCCUCCCCCUCCUACCGACAAGCCUCUCCCUCCCAAGCCUGUUCAGCAGUAA